GUCUAUCGACCGCGUGCCGCGGUGCUGAAGGAUGCUGACAUCCAGGUCAUCACUCGGCCUGCAUUGGGCGGCUGCGGCACCCGUUUGGAGAUCAGACCGCACCGUCUGGGUGAAGGCCCAAAGCCGGAGGUCUCUGGGCUUGCAAGAGUUGGCUUCGAGACAGAUCCUGUGCUGCAUGCAACGGCGAGGUGCAACACGCCGGACCUUUUCCGGGAGAGCAAGUCGAUGGACCUGAAGAUCACACUUUGGUCGAACAAUGAGCGUGCUGCAUGGCUGAAGGACGACGAGCCCUUGGAAUGGAAUGACUUCGUGGAAGCAAACCGGCCAGACGCGAUGUGGGGGAACACCCAGGCAGGUUGUCAAAAGUGGUGCAGUUGUUUUAAUGUGUCACCUUGCUUGUUGCAAGGCGUCAACUGUUCCACUGCGCAUUGA